AUGGAUAUAACAAGUGACAAACAAAGAUUAGCAAGGCAAUUUAAUGAUAAAGAAAGUCAUUCUGUUUUAACUUAUGAAGAGGCUUUAGAACGAAGGAUCAGUUCUUUAAUAGGAACUUUCACUGAUGCACUCAUAAUCUCCUCAAAAAAUGUAACAAGUGCACAAGAGUUACAAAAGGAAAGGCAAAAACAUUUGGCUAAAGCUUAUGAGUAUUACGAAAAUGAUAUUAUAUUAUUAUAUGAUUCUACUAAAAGACAAAUGCAUAGACAAAAGUUUAAUCCUAAAUGGACAGAACCGUUUUGGAUAGAAAAGAAGUUAGGUAAUAAGGUUUAUUUGAUAAGAGAUAAAAUUGGUAAUACAUUACCUAAUCCUGUUUAUGCAGAGAGAUUAAAACAUUAUAAACAAAGGCAUUUUAUAGACUUUGUACCUUAUUCUUCUCAAGUUUUGAAAAUUUUACAAAUCAUGGAACUUCAACUUUCAGAAACUCAACAUGCUAGAUUAUUAGAACUUUACCAAA